GCAGUGUUUAAAGAUGAAAUACGUCCAGAGAGACGAGAGCGAGUCCCAGUGAGCGGAGCUCAGUGUAAACAGGCCAAUCCGGAGAUAUCAGAACUUCUACACUUACCUCAUCACUCACUCCGGGCGAAUGCCAGUUAAUGAUUGACUCUUGAAGCCUUUGUUGUGAGAAUAAAUCAAUAUUGAACGUACGCGCGCACACACACAGAUGAACAGACAAACACAAAGGAGUGCGGUACACGCCGUGCGGCUUCAUAUGCUGAAGGAGCUGAUGCAGACGAGCCAGCGGGACAUGACGGCACUCGGGGAGAAGGCAUCCGCGUGAUGGGGAGCACGGAUUUGCUGUGAGCGGCCGAGGCUGCGUCAUGAUUCCCACCGCGGACGACAGCGGCGCCGGUCCCGGCCCGCUGCCCGGCGCCGCUCUCCGAGUCCUGGCCGCGUGCCUGCUCGUCCCCGUCCCCGUCCUGGCCGUCACGGGGAACCUUCUCAUCAUGGCCGCCGUGGCCCGCAUCCAGAGCCUCUGGACGCCCACCAACGCCUUCGUGGUGUCGCUGGCCGCGGCCGACUUCCUGGUGGCGGUGCUGGUGAUGCCCUUCAGCCUGGUGCGCUCCGUCGACCGCUGGCGCUUCGGGGACGGAUUCUGCCGCGUCCACUUCAUCCUGGACGUGACCUUCUGCACGUCGUCCAUCUUCAACCUCAGCUGCAUCGCCCUGGAGCGCUACGUGGCCGUGUGCGACCCGCUGCGCUAUCCCGCCCGGAUGUCCCCGCGACGCGUGGCAGCGCUGCUGCUGCUCUGCUGGACUCUGCCGCUGCUCAUCUCCGUCCUCUGCGUCUCCCUCGGCGCCUCCAGCCCGGCGCCCGCGGCGCCGUCCAACAGCAGCGGGGCUCAGGCCUGUCCGGCCACCUUCAGCGUCCCCUUCGCUUUCGCCAGCUCGUCCAUGUCCUUCUUCGUGCCCAUGGUGUUCAUGCUGUUCACCUACGGGAGGAUCUACGUGGUGGCCCAGAAGCAGGCCAGGUGGAUUCACGCCGUGCAGCGCCACAGCGAGCAGCUGCAGAUGAACCGGAGCCGGCGCAGGGCCACCUCCAGGCCCGUCCGGGCCUACGUGGAGAGGUUCACCCUGAAGAGGGAGAGCAAGGCGGCCAAGACGCUGGGCCUCAUCAUGGGCGUCUUCCUCGUCUGCUGGCUGCCCUUCUUCUGCCUGAACAUGAUCCAUCCUCUGAAGGGCUACACCGUCAGCCCGCUGAUCCUAGAGGCCUCCACCUGGCUGGGCUACGCUAACUCCUCCCUCAAUCCUUUCCUCUACGUCUUGUUCAAUAAGAACUACCGCCGCUUGUUUGCAGCCUGGUUGGACUGUGGGACGCUGGGCCGACGCCUUUCAUUAAAGUUUGGCAGACCAACGCACUCUGUUGUUAUGUUGGAGACCAUCUCAAGAUGACCACUGUGUGUUAGCCUCACGUUGUAUAUAGCAGUUAGUGUUGUUGUGAACCUAUAUCACAGCAGGUUUAUCUUUAUUCUAUAUCUACAAUAAAUGAGUCCCUAUUAUGUCUGAUGUAUGAUUGAUUCACACUCUCUACUAUAAGAAAUCAACAGCUGAUGAUUUGACCUGAUGGUAUUCCUAUUAGAUAUUAGAAUUCCUAGCUGGACGUUUUUACUGCUGCUACAAACAACCUGUUGUAUUUUACAGGAGGCCAGUUCUUCAGCCUUGGUAUAUGAAGACUGAACACACAAUUAUAUUGUGAUUGUUUUUAUGUUACACCUUUUAUUCUAGAUCUAAAUAUUUUAAUUGCGCUUAAAAACUUGCUCUAGCUUUGAUGCUUUAAUUGUGUAUAUUCCUUCAUGCUGGUAUUGAUAUAACUUUAUAUUAUCAAAACAAAUGAAAUAUUAAAAAAAAAUCAUUAAUUUUAUUUUUUUUAUUCUAUUACUUAACAUGGUUGGCUGAAUAAAUUGUGUUGUUUCAAACUAAUCUCAUGUCUGGCAAAUCAUCCUCAACUUGACAUAAACACAGGAAAUAAAUUACCCGGAUUUGUCCUA